ACCUUCAUUAUCUCUCCAUCCAUUCAUAUCUCUCAUCACACUCUUUUCUUUCUCUCAUAUUUCGUACCAAACUUCCCUAUCUAUCCCUGCCUCUAUAUAUCUUCAUAUCAUAUAUUGCCCUUAGCUUAGCUUGACCUCAAUUCAAAUAAUGCCAACUCCAAGUGAAGCUCCAACCAUAGUUGCAGAAAACCCUUCCCAUAACUUCCCCUUCAUCAUGUCCUCAUAUCCCAUUACUCUUAAGUUCGUGGAUGUGAGCUAUAGGGUAAAAUUGGAAAGUAACGGGUCGAAGGGAGGGAGUUUGAAGCGGAUGUUUUCUGUCGGGCCCACUUCCUCUGAUCUUGAGAAUUCAAUGGCUCAGAUUCGGGAGCGUAGUAUUUUGAGUGGGAUUACCGGGAUGGUUUCUCCCGGAGAGAUCCUAGCCAUUCUCGGGCCGUCCGGGAGCGGGAAAUCGACGCUCCUGAAUGCGCUUGCAGGGAGGAUAAAUGGUCACGCCUUCACCGGAACAAUCCUCGCCAACAACAAGAAAUUCAGCAAACCGGUCCUGAAACGAACCGGGUUCGUCACCCAGGACGAUAUCCUCUACCCGCACUUGACGGUUCGGGAGACGCUGGUCUUCUGCGCGCGGCUGAGGCUCCCCGCGUCGCUCACCACGAAAGAGAAAACCGCGGUGGCCGACGCCGUGAUCGCCGAGCUGGGUCUGAUGAAAUGCGAGAACACCAUCAUCGGAAACACCUUCAUUCGGGGCGUCUCCGGCGGGGAGCGGAAGCGGGUGAGCAUAGCGCACGAGAUGCUAAUAAACCCGAGUCUACUAAUCCUCGACGAGCCGACGUCCGGUCUGGACUCGACCGCCGCUCACCGCCUCGUCUCCACCUUGGGCUCCCUGGCUCAGAAGGGCAAAACCGUAGUCACGUCGGUUCACCAACCGUCGAGCCGGGUUUUCCAGAUGUUUAGCUCGGUUCUGGUUUUGUCCGAAGGAAGGUGCUUGUAUUUCGGUAAAGCCAACGAAGCAAUGUCAUAUUUCGAGUCGGUCGGAUUCUCUCCUUCGUUUCCCAUGAACCCGGCCGAUUUCCUCCUCGACCUCGCUAAUGGAGUUUGCCAGGUUGAUGGUGUGAGUGAAAGGGAGAGGCCAAAUGUGAAGCAAACCUUAAUCUCCUCGUACAACACAUUGUUAGCUCCAAAGGUAAAAGACGCAUUAUGUUUGGAGACGACAACAAGUGCACCCAAAGAAGCAAUUUUGAGCAUUAAUGGAGCCACCCAUAAUAAUCCUCCAUGCAACAACAAUGGCGGCGGCUUCUCUAGUUUCUUGAACCAGCUCACCAUUCUCCUCCAAAGAGGCCUGAAAGAGCGGCGGCACGAGACGUUCAACUCCCUCCGCGUCUUCCAGGUGGUGGCGGCCGCCCUCCUCGCCGGCGCCAUGUGGUGGCACUCCGACUACCUCGACGUCCAAGACCGCCUCGGCCUCCUCUUCUUCAUCUCCAUCUUCUGGGGCGUCUUCCCCUCCUUCAACGCCGCCUUCGCCUUCUCCCAAGACCGCGCCGUCUUCCUCAAGGAGAGGGCCUCCGGCAUGUACAAUCUCCCCUCCUAUUUCCUCGCUCGCGUCGCCGGUGACCUCCCCAUGGAGCUCAUCCUCCCCACCUUAUUCCUCUCCAUCUUAUACUGGAUGUCGGGCCUAAAACCCGACAUCCUCGCCUUCCUGGAAACCUUGAUGAUCGUGUUGGGCUAUGUUGUCGUGUCUCAAGGCCUCGGUUUGGCCCUCGGGGCCAUAAUCAUGGACGCUAAACAGGCCUCAACGGUGGUCACCGUCACCAUGCUGGCGUUUGUCCUAACCGGCGGGUUUUACGUCCACAAAGUCCCAUCUUUCCUAGGUUGGAUCAAAUACAUUUCCACCACGUUUUAUAGUUACAAACUUCUUGUCUUUGUCCAGUAUGGGGAUGGCAAUGGGAUCUCCUCUUUGCUCAAAUGCUCAUCUUCACUACGCCAUGGAAGCUGCAAAUUUGUUGAGCAAGAUAUUCAGGCCCAGAUUCAUCCCGCCACGAGCGUGGCUAUCUUGCUUAUAAUGUUCUUUGGCUAUAGGUUGAUCGCUUAUUUGGCUUUGAGGCGGUUUAAUAAAGCCUAAAAAUCAUAUGUUUAUUAUCACUGGAUCUAAGCUUGCUUAAUUAGCUUAAUUAGCUUGCAGAUCCAUGGCUGACUUGAUCUGAGGAACAAAUUAAAUUGGGUCACUGAUUUACGUGGCUGCUGGCUAAUUUGUGUAACUGUAUUAUAAAUUAAUUAUAAUGAAAGAGUAAUUCCUUAAUUA